AUGGAAGGAGAGGCGCAGGCGCCGUUGUGCCCUGGCGGUGGGCGUCCAGGGCCCGGCUGCCAGGAAGUUGCGUCAGACCUGCAGGCGACCCCCGGCCCCGGAGGCCUCGUGGUGCACCUCCGCUCUCUCCUGGGGCACCGGGGGACGCAGGGGAGCCCGUGGCCCACGCGGACACCUGGGGGCUGCAGGAGGAGCAGCAGGCGCACGGGGUCCCCGGGGCACGGGCGGGACCGCGGCCCCGAGGGCUUGGCCACCCUCUGCCUGAGGUGGUGGCUUUGCCUCCUCAGCUCGCAGACCUCUCUCUCUGCCCACAGAGCGGCCCUCCGGCUCUGCCUCUGCCGAGGGGAUCCUCCUGGUCGUGGGAGGAGGUGCUUCUCCGCAAUCCUCUGCGCGGGCCCUCGGCCAUCUUCUCGCAGCGGUCGCCCACGUGACGGGCGACGGCCAGCCCCCUGCACGCCCCGGGAAGCUGCGUCUCCCCGUGCACGUGCUGCCCGCUUUCUCUCCAGGUGCCUUUCUCUCCAGGUGCGGGACGUGCUCUACCCGCACGUGGGGCUGGGCCGGGAGCGGCAGCUGCAGCUUCUGUGCCUCCCGAGCCAGCUGGGCGUUCUCCCCGUGCAGACUCCUCUCAGCUUGGAGCCGAGUUACUUGUCCCGUGAGCUCCGCGAUCCUCCGCUUUCCCUGCAUCAUCUCCCCGGACGGACGGCUCUUCUUUCUCUGCUUCGGGAGAGCGCAAGGGUGCUUGGAAGUCACCACGGCCGGCGGCCUCUCCCGGUCACUUCACCCUGGCACAUCGGCUCCCAAGCAGCCCCUUUGCUCUCCUUGAACCGUGUCGACUCAUCACUAGGAGCACCACCACCGCAGUGCGUUCCAGGAUGUCCCGGCGAAACCUGCGACUCCCAGCACCUGAGCCACACUUUCGUACAUCACCAGCAGGGCAGCCCACAGCUCUUCCAGGACCCGCUGGGGAGACACUUGGGUGGCCACCAGCUGGCCGUCCAUGCCCUCAAGGGCCUCUUACCUCUGCCUCCCAUCACCAGUGUCCUGUGGCCACAACUGACCACUCUGAACCCCGAGGAUGGUUCUGCUGACCAUCCUCUUGGCAACCAGGGCUGACCUCAUCCCCCCUGUGGAGGGGGCAGCUGGGUUCUAGAAGACCCCGCUUCCUGCCUUUGCUCUGCUCACUGCACAGACAGAAAUGGAGACUACUUAACACGGUGAGUGGCGGAUGUGGACGUGCUGGCUGCAGCCUGGAGCUCGGGCCUCUCUCGGCCCACUUGGCCCUACAGCACUCCCGGAGGCUCACGGCAGGGCCACGCCUUUCCCCUUCUCUGCACGUGUGUGUGUGUGUGCGUCAGGCAGGGGACUUGUCCCUCGCUGAGGCUAGUUGCCCCCAUUCUCAGAAGCCUGGUCCUGCUACAAAGGUCCCAGGGUCUCCCCCUCUGAGGCUCCCUCUGUCGUGGUCUUUGGUGAACGUCAGUGGGGCUGCGGCUCUGGACCGAAGGUUGUCACCAGAGCUACCAACCCAGAGCAUAGAUUUCCAGUUGUAACAACACACGAGACAAGGUGGAACCGGCAGGCUCUGAGAGUUUUGUGGAAGUUUGGUGCAGCCUGUUUCCCACGUUGAGUCCAAGUGUCCCAGAAGUGGUGAUCCACUGUUCUGGGGGUGACACAGUGACCCACCCUCCUUCCCUACUGUGGCCCUGCCAUCCUUAGUUCGUUCUUUUCCAGGUGUCCCUGGGGACAGUCUCAGCUCACGGAGUCAUCUUCGGAAAUGGCCCCUGUGCAGAGUCCGAUCCUUCUUGCCUGAAUUUGGUGCCUCUCAUUUGGUUCGACGACGUCUCCCUGUCCUACCCUCUCUAAAGCAGACCCGGGCUCAGAGCCUCCUGACCCAUGCCCUGGAUGGAGCCGUGAGGGUCUUGACGCCAGAGCCCCGUCCGCAGAGGAAAUGAGAGAAGCUCCAGCUGAGGCCAUGGGGGUUUCCUGCGGGGACCCUGUGCCUGCAGAAGAGGGUCUGCCAGCUGGGGUUGAGGGGAAGAAGAGGGCAGAGCCCUGAAGUGAGAGGCAUUUCUCCUUCUCUUCAUCUUAAGACUUUUUCAUUUAAGUUUACUCAUUUAUUUUGAGGGAGAGGAACAUAAGCAGGGAAGGGGCAGACAGAGGGAGAGAAAGAAUCUCAAGCAGGAUCUGCACUGUCAGCACAGAGCCUGACAUGGGUAGUAAACUCAUGAACCAUAAGAUCAUGACCUGAGCCAAAAUCAAGAGUCAGACUGAGGAUGCCUGCAUGGUUCAAUCGAUUAAACCUCGGACUUUGGCUCAGGUCAUUAAUUUGGCAGUCCAUGCAUUCAAGCCCCAUAUCGGGCUCUGUGCUGACAGCUCAGAGCCCGGAGCCUGCUUCAGAUUCUGCGUCUCCCUCUCUCUCUGUC